AUGUCACAGCCGAACAAAUAUGUGCUGUUGCCCCAGGAAGCCCACAGAUCCCAGGAAAGAGCCAAUGCAGAUGAUGUCAUAGAGGAUGAUAUUCCACUACAAGACCUUGCGGAAAUAGAUAAUCUUGAUUUCGAAAGUGGGUUACAGCAGGAGCCCGACCUCGAAUCGUUGUCAGAAAAUCAGGAAGGAAGCGGGACUUCCAACAUGAAAAUGGCUUUCAUGAACAUGGCGAACUCUAUUCUCGGCGCAGGUAUCAUAGGUCAGCCCUUUGCAUUCAAAAACAGUGGAGUUUUAGGAGGAACGCUUAUCAUGUUUUUCCUUACCGGCCUUAUUGACUGGACGUUACGAUUGAUUGUGGUCAAUGCCCAGCUAUCUCAAACCCGGUCUUAUCAAGACACCGUAUUCUACUGCUACGGCAAAUGGGGGAAAAUUCUUCUCCUCUUUUCCAUUAGCUCAUUUGCUUACGGUGGCUGUAUGGCAUUUUGUGUGAUUAUCGGUGAUACCAUCCCUCACGUUCUUAAGUCUGCACUUCCAGAUUCAUGGACCGAUCCACUGACAUCGAUUAUCGGUUGGAUGUUCGGAAGAAACGUUAUCAUCACGAUAUUCACCGCUUGCAUAUCCUAUCCUUUGUCUCUUAACAGAGACAUAUCAAAACUCGCCAAGGCAUCUGGGUUCGCCCUUUUGGGUAUGAUUAUUAUUGUCAUCGUCACAGUUGCUCGUGGACCAAUGGUCGACGAUUCCCUCAAGUCAUCACUAUCCAAGGGCAGUGGUUUAUCAGCUUUAACAUUUUCCAAGGUAUCUCAGUCAUCUCGUUUGCACUUGUCUGUCACCACAACACAAUUUUCAUUUACAACUCAUUAA